AUGAACAUCUCUUCAGACCUGAUGUCAGUAGAAUCCCUCAAGAGUGUCGCCCCGACCGAGGUCGAAACAUUUCUCAAAGGGGUCGAUUUGAUGGAGAAGAACGUAGAGGAACUGGACAAAUGCUUUCAGCGAUUGGGAGAAACGUUGCAAAUGAGUAUGGAAGGAAAGCUCGGCAAUGAAGAAAAGGGAAUAUUAGCCAGGGUAUCAUCGACUGAUACUUCGUACAAUGCCGCUAAGAUUUCGUGCGGCCAAGCAUGGCACAAACUGGGUGAUUCCAAUUGUGUGGAAAUACAAAGAGCUUCGGAUAUUCAUUCUCGCAAAGAAUCUAUAACUAACCAAUUACACGAUACGAUCUUACCCUAUGCGUCUGAUUGGUUGAGCGCCGCUUUCGACGAAAUCAUCCAACAAACUAAUACCAUUUCCGAAACGCACAGAGAUUUCCGUCAAGAUCCAGAGAAUUGGAAGACGACAAGGGGGAUACAAUUGUUAGGAAACGUACAUAAAGCUUUGAGAUCGUAUAAUCAGAAUAUCCGGGCUGCUUUGACUUGCUCUCAAGCGUUGACCAGUAAAGGUUCUGAUGAAUUGCAAGAGUCCAAAGCUGCUACUUUAGACUUGAGCCACCGGAUGGAACAAGUUUAUCGCCCUUGGAACGAUGAUACUGCUUUAUACAAGUCCGAGUCGAUUCAAUGGGCUACACUAGUUUUUACUGAGCUGAAAAGCGGCUGUGAAGACUUUUUACGUUUGUUUGGAUCCAAGCCUGUGUUUGGUGUAGGUGACGAACAAUCUAAUUGGGAGAGAGAACUAGCCGCAAGUCGAGAUAGGUUGACAACGCUGUACGCGUCUGCUGCACCGUAUAAGGAAGAUUUCAAAACCCUUUUCUGUAUUGUCGAGCCCGAUCAUGAGUAUCGGACUUCGUGUGAGGCCUGGGGUAUGAUCUCGGGAGAGGUCAAGACCGCUUUCCGAACACUGAACUCCCGCGGUGUGCAGGGAUCUUCGUUGGUGUUGGAUAGCUUGACCAGCGUGCUUGAGGAUCUGUAA